CAAAGCUCGUCGUGCGUCGCCUGGCGCUGGCGCGGGGCGCGCGUCCCGGCGUGGUGGCCUGCCGCCCGCCCUGCUUCCAAUCUCCGUAGAGAAAGAGAAAGAACUGGAUAGCGGCGAAGGAGGCGACGAUGCAGUGGUACUUGGUGGCUGCUCUUCUCACCAUCCUGACCAGCUCUCAGGGUAUAUUGACUACUCUCUCCCAGAGCAAUGGCAAGUACAAGUAUGACUAUGCAACCAUCCCCUUCCUUGCAGAACUGUUAAAGUGGACACUGGACAAUGACCCAUCAAAUUUCUGUGCUAACAUCACCAUGUUAUUGACACAGUUGUCUUUCUCAAGCUUCUUCCUUUGGAAGGAAUGCCAUUCUUCAUCUCCACCAAGGAUGACAAAGGAGUGGAGGAGUGUGCGACUAUAUCUUGUUCCUUCAGUAAUAUACCUCAUCCACAACAAUGUCCAGUUUGCAACCUUGACUUAUGUUGAUCCAUCUACCUAUCAGAUAGUGGGAAACUUGAAAAUUGUGACAACCGGGAUUUUGUUUAGGCUUGUCCUCAAAAGGAAGUUGUCAAAUCUACAAUGGAUGGCAAUUGUUUUGCUAGCUGUUGGUGCAACCACCAGCCAGGUGAAAGGAUGUGGAGAUGCACCAUGUGAUUCGCUUUUCUCAGCACCAUUACAGGGUUACAUGCUUGGGAUACUUUCCGCUUGUCUUUCAGCUCUAGCUGGUGUCUACACAGAGUACUUGAUGAAGAAGAACAGCGAUAGUUUGUACUGGCAAAAUGUACAAUUAUAUACGUUUGGAGUUAUAUUCAACAUGGGAUGGUUAAUUUAUGGUGACUUCAAAACUGGAUUUGAGUUGGGCCCCUGGUGGCAGCGCCUAUUUAAUGGUUAUUCUAUCACAACAUGGAUGGUUGUGUUCAAUUUAGGGUCCACUGGUCUGCUAGUAUCAUGGUUGAUGAAGUAUUCAGACAAUAUAGUCAAGGUGUACUCAACUUCAAUGGCCAUGUUGUUGACAAUGGUUAUAUCUAUAUAUCUUUUCAGUGUGAAAGCAACAAUUCAGCUUUUCUUAGGCAUUAUGGUCUGCAUAAUUUCUCUGCAGAUGUAUUUUAUGCCUGUCCACAUGCUUGUUGAAUUGCCACAAACAUUGCCUGUUACAUCAAAGUAGGCUCAUGGCACCGUUCACUAACCUAUUGAUCAGAGGCACUACUAGAUAACUCACCUUCCAUCCAA